AUGCGAGAUCGAGACCUCUCUGGUCGGACUCUCGUGUUGCCCACGUCGUUCGCGAGUGGUUCGCUGUUAGCGAGAGCCCCGGACGCGACGUUGAUCCGUGCGGCUUCUGGAUCUUCUGAGCCCUCAAGCGCAGCGGCGGCACCGGGAGGGUCGGUGACAGUGGCGUUCCGUCUGGCCCGGCAGUGCGCCUACGGGCAGAAGUUCUUUGUAUCUGGCGCGCACGAGACGCUGGGCGAGUGGGAUCUGAAAAAGGCGAUACCUGCGCAGUGGUCGGAAGGGCACGUGUGGACGGCCACGGCGGUGGUGCCUCGCAAUGCAUCUCUGCCGUUCAAGUGUGUGAUGGUGGGGAAGCGAGGCGAGAUAGAGUGGCAGAAGGGCGGCAACCAUUGUCUAGACACCACGGCAGUGGGUGCAGUGAUAGAUGUGGACGUGCCAUGGAGCACUGCUGAACCGCUGUGCAGGUUCAGCUACGUCCCCUCGAGACUCGGUGGAUUCAGCUCCUUCUGA